AUGAGGCUCUUUCCUAGGGAUACCAGCUUGAACACCGUAGCCAGCGCCCUUUCGCUGGCUGCCGCCAACUACAAGCCCAUUCCACAGCUGCCCACAGCGAACCAGAGCACAGCCAUCACCGAUGCCAACACAGGCGGUCGAAACGCUGUCAACACCAAGCCCAUCUCGUUCCAGGUGCAAAAGACCGGUUCCGCCACCGACUGGUCCGCAACGCACAACUCUUCCGACUGGGGUGUCCCUUCCACCCUCUACGUCCCCGUCCAGUCCGCCAACCAGACCACCACAGCAACCGACGCCGACUCUGCACGUAAGCUGGCCUCUUCACGAAAGGUAGGCCCUGGAAGCUGUCCUUAUUCGGCUGGCUACACGCCCAAUGGAGGAUGGGACAAGCUUCCUGCUCCCACCUUCCCUGCCUUCGAUCCAGUCAGUGCCACCAUCAUGCGCUACCGACAGCAGCAGGGUGUCAAUCUGGGCGCCUGGUUCGUUCAAGAAGGUUGGAUGGAGAGCAACUUCAUGUCCUGUGCCACCGGUUCCAAGCAGGCCGAAUUCGACAUUCUCGAUGGCUUUGGCACCACCAGCGCUGGUCUCAGCUCGGCACGUGCCUACAUGGAACAGCACUGGGACACCUGGAUCACCGAGGACGAUUUUCGCAACCUCGCUCAGAUGGGCAUCAACACAGUGCGCCUGCCCAUUGGCUACUGGUCUGUUGGCCCUUACUUCACCCACUACAGCCCAUUCGAACAGUACAAGUCGGUCUACGAGUUCAGCUGGCGCUACAUUGCACGAGCCAUCAACUGGGCUGCCAAGUACGACAUUGGCGUCAUUGUCGACCUCCACGGCGCCUACGGAUCUCAGAACGGUCAGGCCCACUCGGGUCUCAGCGAUGGCAACAUUGAAUGGUACAACUCCUGGAACCAGAACCUCACCACCGAGCUCCUCGUGUGGAUUGCCAAGGAGAUCUCCGACGUGACCAACGUUAUCGGCAUCCAGCUUCUCAACGAGCCCCAGAAUCGUGACAGUUACUGGACAUGGCUGCCCACUGCCAUGGAUGCCAUGCGUGCCGCUUCGCCGUACGCCAAGACCAUCCCUCUUUACUUCCACGACGCCUUCGUCCUCGAAAAGGGUGCUGCCUUGGUUCAGAAGCGUUCUGAUUUCGUCGUGUCGGACCACCACGCAUACUACGUCUACACCUCCUCCGACCAGGCCCUCUCUGCUCAGGGCCACAUCUCCAAGCUGGACGACUCCAUUUUCAAGCAGUUCGCCCAGCAGUCCGCCGUCGCUCGCCGCAACCUAAUCGUGGGAGAAUGGUCAUGUGCGCUCGCUUGGAGCUCGAUCAAGAACAGCAAAAACCAGUCUCAGGACCAGACCGAGUUCUGUCAGACUCAACAGGAUAUCUGGCAGACUACCGGCGCUGGUUGGACCUUCUGGUCGUACAAGAUGGAGAACUGCGACCAGAACUCGGGUUGGUGCUUCCAAAGUGCAGCCAACAAGUUUUUGCGGGGCAACUUCUCGUCGUGGGGCACUGCGGUUUCGUCAACCUCUCUUGCCAGUGCAGGUAACGUGACUGGUGACAAGAUUGGCUCGCUCUCGUCCAUCCGCACCGACAUCAGCCGCGUUCGUCUGCCUACCAACAACACCACUGCCACCGCUCUCAAGACGGCCAAGUCGUUCCUUGCUGUGGGUGAGUCCGAUGACGACGCCGAGGGCGAUGACAUCAGCAGCGUUGGUCCCAACGGUUUCGGCCACUCGCUGUUCGCCACCGCUGCUGCCGAGUCGACCUCGCAGCAGGACAAGAAGCCAGUGGCACGCGGUAUCGGAAGCUACACAACUUUUGCUGCUCGUCAAGCGCAACAGGACCGUGCGCUCGUCGAGCGUGCUGCCGCCGCAAGCGCCACCGUCGCCAAUCGUGGCUUCUCGGACGGCUUCUACACCUCACGCAUCCUCGCCUCUUCCACCGACACGCUUUCGCGCCUCGGCUUCGGAACGCAGUACCAACAAGACUCGUUCCAGUCCUACGUCGCUGCAGGCACUUUCAAGAAGAGUGACGAGGCGGCGUACAACACUCAGUUUGUUGCCGGUGUCAAGGCCGCCGAAAACGCCAUUAGCUACAUUGUCUCGAGCUACGCCAACAAGACCAAGUCUUGA